AUGGCUACUUGCAAGUACUAUGGUUUUCCCGAUAUUUUCAUAACAAUUACUUGCAACCCCAAAUGGCCUGAAGUUGUUCGAUAUCUAACAAGGCAUGGUCUUAAGCAAGAAGAUAGACCAGAUAUAUGCUGUCGGGUCUUUAAGAUGAAGCUAGAUAGACUAAUGGAGCAAGUGACUAAAGAAAAAACUUUUGGUGUUAUAAACUCUGACAUUGAUAGAUUCAUAAGUGCUAAGAUUCCUGAUAAAGAACUGGACAAGUACUUAUAUGAAGUUGUUUCUGAUGUUAUAAUUCAUGGACCUUGUGGUAUUCAUAACAGAGGAAGUGCUGGCAUGAAUAAUGGUAAGUGCACUAAAUUUUUUCCAAAACCAUUCAUGGAAAAUACUGUCGUCGACGAUGCUGGUUAUCCAAUAUACAAACGGAGGAAAAACGGGAGAUUCGUGCAUAAAAAAGGUUUGAUUUCACGUUCAGUGAAAUAUCUUUUCAAGUACAUUACCAAAGGGCCAGAUUAUAUUAGAGCUAACGUAGGAGAGGAAGACAAUCAAAAUGAAAUCAAGAAAUUCUACAACUGCAGAUAUAUCUCCGCAUGUGAAGCAGCUUGGCGAAUAUUGGCUUUUCCGAUUUGCUAUCGUACUACUCCCGUUGAAAAACUUCCGUUUCAUCUUCCUGGACAGGAAUUAGUAGUUUACAACGAAGAUGAUCCUAUUGCAGAUGUUAUGAAGCGUUCAGCCAGAAGAUCUAAACUGUUGGCAUUGAUGGAAUGCAAUAAAAAACAUCCAGAAGGUAGAAGUCUCACUUAUGCUGAAUUUUCCAACAUAUUUGUGUGGGUUCAUAGUAAAAAAAUCUGGCAACCAAGAUCUAAGAGAAGAAAAAGUUUUGCAGUAGGCAGAAUUACAUAUGUACCACCUUCUAUAGGCUCGGCGUAUUACUUGAGAGUUUUACUUAAUACAGUUCCAGGGGCCACAAGUUUUGAUUUUUUAAAGAUGGUAAAAGGUAAAUUGUACAAGGAAUUUAAAGAUGCCUGCUUUGCAUUGGGAUUAUUGGAUGACGACAAAGAAUAUAUUCUAGCUAUAAAAGAGGCAAUGCCUCUCGAUCUCUGGGUCGCUACAAAAGAUAUAUUGUGCGAAGAUAUUUUGUAUUUGCAAAGGAACCGUACGAACAACCACGGUCUAAUGUUAAGUGAGGAUCAGAUAACAAACCUAUGCUUAGCUGAGAUUGAAAUGAUUAUGCGAUCCAAUGGAAGCUCUCUGUCAACUAUUGUGAAUAUGCCUAAACCAGACCAAUCUGUGAUUGAUAAUAAUUAG